AUGAAUAGAAAUAAUCAUCAUCAUCAAAAGAGAAAGAAAGAAAAGGAAAUAGAGGAACAAGAACAACAAGUCAAUGAUGGAGAUGAUGAGAUAGAAGAAGAAUCAAUAACAACUGAAAUCUCAGUUGUUAGUAACAAAGAAGCAUUAUCAGCAUUCCUUCAAAACAAACCUAAAGAGUUUAUAGACUUUCUAGUUGACAAUAAUAUACCACAAGAUUCAUAUGACAUCAAUCUAGAUGAUCUACCUAGAUUCAUUAGAUUAAACAAUCGUCUCAUACUUGAAGAUGGUCAUCAUCAAGAUGGUCAUCAUGAUACCAAACAACAAACAGUCAAACAAAUUGAACAAGAACUUAAAACACCUUUAAAAGAAUUGGCAUGGUUACCAAACUUUUAUCAAUUAAAGUCUACUGUUGGUAUAUCUUCUUCACCUAGUUAUAAAAAAGGAAUAAUGUAUGGAAUGGAUGCAAGUAGUGGAGCAGCUAUACUUGCAUUGGAUCCACAACCAGGUGACAAUGUAUUGGAUAUAUGUUGUGCACCUGGAACCAAGUUUUGUAUGAUUGCCGAUUUGAUCAAGGGACAGGGAUCAGUGACUGGUGUCGAUAUAUCACCAAGUAGACUUGGUUCAUGUAAGACUGUCAUCAAAAAAUACAAAAUACCAAAGGCUAGAUUGUUUCAAUGUGAUGCUACAACAUUCAAUAUAAAAGCACCAUCUUCUUUGGAUCCAUUACCUCAUUUAUCAGAUACAAAUGUAAAAAAGAGAUUAAAAAAGAAACAAAAAAAUGAUAAAGAACAAGAUAAAGAAAAUGUAAAUGGAGAAGGAGAAGAAGAAGAAGAGAAAGAAUUGGAAAAUACAACAACAACAACAAAUAUAGAAAAGAAAAGAAAAUCAAAAAAGAAUACGAAAAAGAUUAAAUAUGAUUUACCGGAUUUAUAUUUCAGUACAGAUUACUUUAUGAGAUAUUCCAAUUCAUUGUACUAUGAUAGAGUUAUAGUUGAUGCAGAGUGUAGUUUGGAUGCAUCAAUACGUCAUUUAAUUCAAUAUAGUAAAAUUGGAAGGAAUUUCAUUCCAUCAGAAUUGACUGAAUUAACAAAUUUACAGAAAAAACUAUUACAAACAGGAUUUAAUUUAUUAAAAGAAGGUGGAGUUUUAGUUUAUAGUACAUGUAGUUUUUGUAAAGCAGAGAAUGAAGAUGUUGUAACUUGGUUACUUGAAAAUAAUCCAAAUAGUCAACUUGAACCUUGUUUUGGUGAUACUGACAGAGACACUGAAAGUGAUGGAGAUGGACAAUCAAAUCAAAAUAUAACAGUUGUUCCAUUUAGUAGAGGUUAUAUUAAACAUACAUAUAGAUUUUAUCCGAAAAAUGGUACAAGUGGAAUGUUUAUAGCUAGAAUUGUAAAGAUGAAAUCAACGACAACAACCACUAAUUAA